GGAACAGAGGACUUCCGGGAGAGCCGACUGUGGGACAGCUGAGAGAUUUGCACGUGGAUCGUUGUUCCAGUGGGCGAGAUGGAGACAGUCCCCAAGCCCAGUCAGGAUGCCCCACCCAAGAAGAACAAACCUCAGGCCAAGAGGAAGAAACCGCGGCGAUACUGGGAAGUGGACACCACUCCGAGCGCCACCGGCGCCUCUCCAGGCCCUCCUCCUAAGAAGAAGCGGAACCAGGAGCUCCGGCCCCAGAGACCAAAGAACACUCAGGUCGCAAAGAAGUCUCGGGUCUCCAAGAAGCCCCUGGUCGCGCGGAAGUCUCGAGGGCCGAAGAAGCCGGAGCCCCAGCGGAGCUUGUCUGGGGCCCAGGACCCAUUCCCGGGCCCCGCCCCCGUCCCGGUGGAGGCAGCCCGGAAGUUCCGUCGCAUUGACAAAUCUAAAAAGCUGCCGCCUUCCAAGUCCAAGACCCGCAGCAGACUUGAGGCGGCUGAAGCUGAGGAAGAGGAAACCAGCGUCCAAGCUGCCCGCUCAGAGUUGCUGCUUGCUGAGGAGCCUGGGUUCCUGGAAGGGGAGGAUGGGGAAGACACAGCAAAGAUCCGCCAGGCUGACAUUGUGGAGGCCGUGGACAUCGCCAGUGCAGCCAAGCACUUUGACUUGAAUCUGCGGCAGUUUGGACCGUACCGGCUGCAUUACUCUCGAACCGGGAGACACCUGGCUUUAGGCGGGCGUCGGGGUCACGUGGCUGCAUUCGACUGGGUGACAAAAAAGCUCAUGUGUGAGAUCAACGUCAUGGAGGCAGUGCGGGACAUCCGGUUCCUUCAUUCCGAGGCUCUGCUUGCUGUCGCUCAGAACCGCUGGCUUCACAUCUACGACAACCAGGGCAUCGAGCUGCACUGUGUCCGCCGCUGUGACCGAGUGACGCGCCUGGAGUUCCUGCCCUUCCAUUUCCUCCUGGCCACGGCUUCAGAGACAGGGUUUCUGACCUACCUGGAUGUGUCAGUGGGGAAGAUCGUGGCCGCUCUGAAUGCCCGGGCUGGGCGGCUCCGUGUCAUGGCUCAGAACCCUUACAAUGCCGUCAUCCACCUUGGGCACAGCAACGGUACAGUGUCUUUAUGGAGUCCGGCCAUGAAGGAGCCUCUGGUGAAGAUUCUCUGCCACCGUGGUGGCGUGCAGGCUGUGGCAGUAGAUGCCACAGGCACGUACAUGGCCACCUCCGGCCUAGACCACCAGCUGAAGAUCUUUGACCUGCGGGGGACGUUCCAGCCUCUGAGUGCUCGGACGCUGCCCCAGGGAGCAGGGCACCUGACCUUCUCCCAGCGAGGACUGCUGGCUGCGGGAAUAGGCGACGUUGUCAGCAUCUGGGCCGGGCAGGGCAAGGCUAGCCUGCCCUCCCUAGAGAAGCCCUACCUCACCCACCGGCUCGCAGGCCAUGCCCAUGGCCUUCAGUUCUGCCCUUUUGAAGAUGUUCUGGGAGUGGGACACAGCGGGGGCAUCACUAGCAUGCUGGUCCCCGGGGCUGCUGAGCCCAACUUUGAUGGUCUGGAGAGUAACCCGUACCGCAGCCGGAAGCAGCGCCAGGAGUGGGAGGUGAAGGCCUUGCUGGAGAAGGUUCCUGCAGAGCUCAUCUGUUUGGACCCACGAGCCCUGGCCGAAGUGGACGUCAUCUCUCUGGAGCAGGAAAAGAAGGAGCGGAUAGAGAGGCUGGGCUAUGACCCCGAGGCCAAGGCUCCCUUCCAGCCAAAGCCAAAGCAGAAGGGCCGCAGCUCCACAGCGAACGUGGUGAAGAGAAAGAAGAAGGUCAUGGACAAGGAGCACAGGGACAAGGUCCGGCAGAGCCUCGAGCAGCAGCAGCAGCAGCAGCAGCAGCAACAGGAGAAGCCCAAGCCCACGGGGGCCCGGCCAUCUGCCCUGGACAGAUUCGUGCACUGAGCCGGGCUCCGGCUUGGCUGGGAACAACCAUCUCUCACCAAGAUCACCUGUAUGGAAAUGACGAUUCCUUGGAAUAUCAGGGCGAGGUGGGAGGGGGCAGUGUGCCCCCUUCCUGGGGUGGGCUGGUAUUAAAGAGGAAAGCGGUUUA